AUGGCCGCCCUCUUCACCGGGAAGAUCCUGACGGCCAACCGGGAGCGGGACGAAGUGGAGACGGAGCGGGAGCUGGGCCAGGCACUGGAGAACAAGGUGCUGCUGCUCUACUUCGGAUCCGGGCAGUGCCGGCGGUGCCGACAGUUCUCCCCGCUCCUCAAGGAUUUCUUCCUUCGGCUGACCGACGAGUUUUACGUGGAACGAGCUUCGCAGCUGGUCCUGGUGUACGUGUCCCGGGACGAGACGGAGGAGCAGCAGAGCGCUUUCCUGAGGACCAUGCCGAAACGUUGGCUGGCCGUACCCUUCGGGGACGCCUUCAAAAGGGAGCUGGAGCUGCGGUUUGCCGUGUCCGAGGUGCCCGCGGUGGUGGUGCUGAAGCCGAACGGGGAGGUAAUCGUUGGGAACGCCGUGGAAGAGAUCCGGCGCGUGGGCCCUGCUUGCUUCCGAAACUGGCAGGAGGCUGCCGAGCUGGUAGACCGAAAUUUUCUCUUGGCAGAGGAUUUUGACGACUGGACCAGGAGAAGCAUCACCGAUCCCAUCCGUCGCCUCAAGUACAAGCUGGACAAGAAGAAGAUGGAGGUGAAGAACAUGGAAAAGAAAGAGGAAGGUGAGGAGUCGUCUUAG